GAACUCUGGCGGCGACCUUGGCUCCUUUUUUACUUCCCUUUUUCUUUUUCUUGGGGCUUCACGAGGCCUUUUUCUUGAUUUGCUCAUAUGGAAGUUUUUAGAAGGCUGGUUGGUGUUCAGGAUACAAUGUACGGACGGGCUGGAAAAGACGGCAGAAGGCAGAGGAUGAUAGGAGUGCCGUCUUGCCCAAAGGGUGUUUGUUUUGUUUGCUUGUUUGCUUUGCUUUGUUAUACAGAGGAUUGGGAAAGAGAGCUCUCACGAGACUAUGGCUUGUACUCCUUUUUUGUUUGUUUGCGGAUUAUGGUACGGGAUAUACGGGGGGUAUGGGCAAUGGGUUGAUUUACGUUGUUCCUUUUUCUUUGCGUCUUUUCGCUUCUUUUAUACUUGAUGUCUUGGUUGGCUUUGUUACGUGUUUGUUCCGGUUGGAGCUU